AUCGCCGAUUUGCCGCUGGUGCUUUGAUCGCCGCUACAGUCACAUUCCUGAGAAAGCUCAGCACCACAUUGUUCUCGCUCUCCCUUUACCUGUCGUCCCAGGGCCACCUCUUUGGCCCGACCGUGUUUCAAGCCACGACGCCCCUCGGCUUAUGAAGAGAGCAGGGCCCACUGCUUUCCUCCUCUAACGCGUGGACCAGCUUGCUCUCUACGUCUUCUGCCACCCACCCCCUACAUCAAUUCGUCUGCACCUCUUCCCUCUUUCUGUCGAAUCCAUGAGCCGUUUGGAACGUAACGCAGCGAUCCCUAACCGAAGCACGGCGAGCCGAAAAACCUCUGCCCCCGCCACUCCGACUCCACGCAUGCACUCAGCAGCUGAGCCCUCGACACGGCGAAGCAAGUCUCGAUCCCCAUCCCGGAGUCGACUUCUCGAUCCAUUCUCAACCUCCCAAACCCCUCCUAUCAACAAUAUCAAGCGUAAGCGGUCGACUGAUUUCGCUAUCAGUCCGUUCGCCAUCCCAACGGAAGCGACUGUCGAUCGGGGUCAGCGAAUCAAGUCCCGGCCCUCGUCAUCAUCUGGCGCGGGCGCUAUCAGCAUCGUUACUCCUCCCAAACAUAUCCACCGCUCCUCCGCACCUUCUUCAUCUACUCUGCGCCCCAGGCCGGAAAGUUCCUCCCGGCCAGAUGUGAAAGGGAAGGGAAGGCAGCACGGACAUGGAUCGGAAGUUGUGCCCUCAAGGCCAGUGACACCUUCGUCGGAGUAUGAUCGGAUGCGGAAGGAUCUGGAGGCGACGAAGAAGUUGGUGCAUGACUACAAGAAGCAGCUGAAAAAGCAGAAUAAGGUCUGUGAUAGCCUCUGGACCCUGAAAUCAGUGCUCAUCUCUCUCAAGACGGUCGAAGAACUCAAAUUGCAAGUGCAAUCCGAGAUCUCAGCCAGAGAAGAGCGGGAUAGGCAAAUCAUUGACUUGACCUCGAAAGCUCAGAAGAAUGAUGGGCUGAUACAAUCCGUCGAGUCUUCACUGCAAUGUCAGAUUUGUAUUGAGCUGUUCACGCGGCCAUAUCUCCUAACACCUUGCGGUCAUAUGUUUUGUCUUGACUGCCUGCAACAAUGGUUCCGGUCUGCACCCCAGAACGAACACGACGAUCAGAUGGAUCUCGAUCCUGACUACGCCUUGCGACGCCAGAAAAAGUGUCCCUGCUGCCGCGGCCGCAUUACGCGCCGUCCGGUUCCUGUCUUCGUGAUCAAGAACAUGGUCGGUCUGCUUCGCCCAGAGACAUCCGCGUCCACCAUGAUGGAAGACGUGGAUCCCUGGAAAGGCCUGUUUCCGUCGCUGCAAUUGAUGUGCUUUUCCGACGAAGACAACGAUGAAGAUGAAGAAGAUGACGAAAACGGAUCCGAUGCAAGCUCCAUAGAGGGACCAUAUUAUGGGCCCGCCAGUGCAGAUUCUAUCGAUCCUUACGAGCUGGUUUGGAUGGAUGACAAUCGGAUGUAUGAGAGCGGGACGGACAGCGAGAAUGUGUCGGCUUCCGAAGAAGAGCAAGGCGAAAUCGAUUCAGACGAGUACUCUGAUCAAGAUGUCGCGUAUGAUUUCCCUCGCUGGGAGCCGCCAUCACGAGUAGUCCCGUUCAACAAUGCCCGGAGUGCUAUGUGGAAGAUGCUUCGUCGGGGAUGUUCCCCCGCGCUAGUGACCAUGUUUGGGAUGAGCUAUUCGCACGAGGAUGGGCUGGUUGCACAUGUCUCUUCUCUCGAUCCCGAUGACCCGCACCUUGGGCUCGGCCGACACAGCCUAUAUCUCGGAUGGAACGUGUCAUUGCCGCCGUCACACAUUGAAGGCGACGCCGAGCACACCUUCAUCCGGGAUCAACUGCGUGAUCUGCAGACUCAUCCGGUGCGGUGGAUUGUGUCAGAGCGCUUUGGAUUUGGUUUACUUGCCGGAGGUAUCGAUGCUCGGAAGCUCGUCGUUGUUGAUGAGGAUGUCGACGUCUACGACACAUCCGACUCUGAAGCGUACAGCAAUGGAAUCAACUUUGUAUAAGGAGAGACGUGGACCUGGAUAUUACUUUGAUUCCUCCUUUGGGCACCGUAAAUAGUCGGUAUAUAUCAUUUCUGCAUCUAAUAGACCCCUGCACAUAUUGUUUCCUCGGUCACUGCCGACGAUCAUCAAAAUUUUACACACUGAAUGUUGUCGACUAUUUGCGCAUUUGUCGAUCCAUGUAACUUGUGGCCGAUUUUUUCUCAGAACUUUUUUUUCUUCGCCAUCGCCAUUAUCUAGUUGUGCGAGAAGCACCACUUGGAGCGUUUCGACAGGAGGAAACGCGCCGAUGGCAUUGGUGGCAUGCCAAAAUGGUCAUUCAUCCGCAUUCACCUGCUCCGUUUGUCCUGUGCGUUUCACUAUCACUCCGGAUAAGAGGCACGAUCUUGACUGGAAGACUCGAAUUUGCUCUAGUCUGGUCUUGCGUCCUCUUCAUCGACGCCGCAGCUGCCGGCGCCCUCUCUUCCUCCUCCCCUAUUUCACUUCAAUGUGCGCGGUGAAAUUGUCUCAAACACGAUAAUUGGAACGAGCUCUGUACCUGUACCUGACAAGUCGCGUCAGCAGAUCGAAAGUUCAUAGGGCCCAAUCGCGCCUGGAUAUAUCCACUGAAGGACGAUCUACCCCCGCAUCGUUCGUUGCCUUCCUGCUGUCCUCUAUCUUUUUCUCUAUCCCCAACCUGAUACCAUUUCGUUGACUGGGGUGCUGCUUUGCACAGGCUCAGACUAAGCCGGCCUCAAUCGACCCUGUUCCUCCAUCGACCGAAGACGAAGAUCUGGACUGGGGACUGGAUAUGGAGCUGAGAUAUCCUGAUGACGAGCCCUCUGUAGUGACCACACCGAUACAACCUCUCCCUGUGCUUCCCAGAGAGCAAUAUUCACAUCCUGCCUCGUCCCGGAUCCCUGCAGUAACACAGCCGAGUCUUCCUCGCAAACGCGGUCGACCUCCAUACCCCAUCAACGCCGCUGGUUACCGGAUUCCUCCCGCGGUCCAAUACCGCCAUGCGCCUAAAUCCGCACCUAUACCCGGCCCUUCGAGCGAGAGACCAUCCGGGAACUAUUAUCGUACCAAGGCAAUGGAGGGUGGUGUUGGCCCUCGGCCAGCUCAAAGGCCAACAGGGAAGAUAUUUGUCCCUGGGUUUGGUGCGAGGCCUCUACCACCGGGUUUGCAGCCGGUAGCAAUGCUCGCGGUCGCCGGCAAGUCGCGUUUGACGUGCUUGUCGAUAGGGUGCGAGAACACGGUCACGGUUAAAGGCAAGCGUUGUCUGGGCUGCGUUCGAGGGAGCUGGAUGGGAAUGCAGGAGAAGCACCAGGCUGAACGGGAAGCCAGAGUUGAAGCGGAGAGUCAAGCCCGGGUCGUCGCGUUAAAGGAGGACAAGACAUGCGAGGCAAGACGGGCUGCGACAGCUGGGAAGCCCGGGGGGACACCACAGAAGAGAGUAACGAUCAGGCUGAAACUCACACCUGUGGGCAAGGCCGGUCCAUCGGGUGAGAUGAUUGUGGAUACCGAUGGGCGGAGGAUCGUUGUUCUCGGUGGGAAGGACGAGAGCAGCGGGAAUCGCCACGAUAACGUCAAGAAGAGCGUUUCUGAAGACACGACGGAUUCCAGGCCUAGCGGAUGGGACAGCGAGUUGUCGGAACUCACGAACUCGGCAGGGGAAACGGACGAUGAAGACAGCCCUCCAACAUCAUCUCUCAAGAUUCGCAUUCCGGGGCUUGCCGCUGCGUCGGAAGCUUCUACCCGGCGCUCAGAGUCCAUGCAGCAAGCGUGCCCUGCUACAGAAUCAGCUCUGACGACGGACACAUGCGCUUCCGUCACAAUACAGUCGAUACUCAAGCCUCCGAAGCCCGCCAAGUUGUCUCUGGCGUCGGACACUUUCAUAGAACCAGCGCGGUUCUGUACCAUCUCUCGUUGUCGAACGCCUCUCCCUCCAUUGUCUGAAUACCGCUGGAAGUGUUGUGAAGCAUGUCGCAAUCAUUACCGCGAAUAUCAAAGACAACGGCUGGGAAAGAUUGCAGCCGGUGCCGCUCACGCUGCUCUCGUUCAAGUCGGCGCUGUGCUCGGCGAUCCAUCGGCCAACCCGGAGGUGACGGAGACAUCGCCGCUUGCUUACCGAGCUCAGAUGGAACAACGGCUAAUAAGAGAAUGGGACGAAGGCCGACGUACGCCAGUUGCUCUACCGAGCGGGAAGAUGACCAGAGAGAGGCCCAGGUGUGCUGCGAUGGCUGGCGCGAGGCAAUGCGCGGGUGUCUAUUGUGAACAUAUCAUUCCUCCGGCGACAGAGUAUGAGUGGGACAAAUGCGGCUUGUGCCGAGUGCGAGAGCAGAGGAAGCUGGUCAAGGAGCGGAAAUCGCAGGUCGUGGAUGCUGCCGAAUACCCGUUAACUCCGUAUCACGUGCCUGGUCGAUGCGUGCAUGCGGAUUGCGGAGUCCUCGUCCCGGCGGAUGCGCUGCCCGAUACUGAAUGCCAGCAGUGUCUGUGGCGGAAACCAUUGUCCGAGCAGAAGAUCACCACCGUGCAGCGUGACAGACCGAAGAAGCAGCUCGUCCACGCUCCUCCAGAGCCACCUGAGCCUGCCAAGAAGCGCAAACGGAUUUCCCCAUAUCCCUUGUACCAAUGCUGCCAGGAUCUCUUGCAAGACUUCGCCGUCCGUUUUCGUGACUUCAUAGGCGCCCAGUCUCUCUACUUCAUCGCCCGGACCGCCAAAGAAGCCCCCCAGCUGCCGUCACAAUCCAUGUUUGACUUCAGCGGCGAGUUCUCCGUCGUCGCGCCGCACAUGGAUGUCGUCUCGCGUCGGCAUCUCGUGGAGCAGGCGGUGCAUGCCGUUAAAGACGAGAUCGCUAACGUUAGCGGCAUUGAAUUCGAUCCGACGAGCUGGGUGAGCAUCCUCGGGCCCCCGGGCGGCGUCGUCACCCGAUUCGCCUGCUCGCACCAUGUAGAUAUGCCCAUCAGCGUCCGGUAUUCGGCAGGCCAUCCUUCUGACCCGACUGGGCACAGAACCAGAACGAUGCAAGGCGAGCUCGAGGUGGCAGUUUUGCCGGACGAUACGCACCGGCGGUUCCCGGGCGAGAAGACGAUCGUGCGGUUCCGUCUGGUUGAUUAGUCGCGGAUCUUGCUCUGAUUCAGCUUGAUGUAUCAGUUAUCUACAUAGUGUACCAUUGUCCAUUCGCUGUCGUGUUGGAGAGGAUUUCCUUUUUCGUCCACGAGGCGUCGAGUUCUUGCAUCACAUCAGCGGCUGUGCUAUUUCCAUCAAGAGGCACAGAGUCAAUUUCCAAUUUUCCAUCGAUCGAAUCGGCAGGUAGCAGUCGAAGCUCACGGAUACUCAAUGUAAACAUCCUCCGGAAUGCACUCGAAAAUCCUCGAGUUUUCGACUUUUGCCCGCCACAAGGAGUGUUAAAUAGUGAUUCGGGGAGCC